AUGGAUUAUCUCUUGGACUGCAUCCUCCCUAGCAUCCCCUUUACAAUACCCUUCAUCAAGAAAUACGUGGAUGAUCUAUUUUGUUCAGUACCGAGGGAUAAAACUGCCUACAUUUUGGAAAGAUUCAACCAACAACACCAACACAUCAAGUUUACACUCGAGGAAGAGUUCGAAAUGGGUGUCCCCUUUUUGGACACGAGGGUCAUCAGGAACACUGAUGGAGACUUGCGGCUGGACUGGUACAGGAAACCAACCCAUUCAGGAAGGUACUUACAUUACUAUUUCAAUCACCCACACAGACAAAAAAUUAAUAUGAUUUUGGGCCUAAAGAGCCGCAUUCAAAGAAUAUCCCACCAAGCAUUCCAUCAAAAGAAUCUGAAAUUACUUUUCAAUUUGAUGUUAAAUAACGGCUACCCUAAGGGCCUACUGACGAGAUUGUUAUACAACUCCGCUCCCCCAGGACAGCCACUGGGUGGAGACGGCGCAUCCACCAAUAGAGGAGAAGUUAGUUCAACCAGAUACUCCACGAUUCCCCUAAUCAAGGACGUAACCAAUCCACUCAUAAAAAUAUUAAAACACGACUCAGUUAAGAUAGUACCUAAGAAUAUUUUCAAGAUCGAUAGACUGUACAGCCACCUAAAAGACAAAAUUGAAGUCAAUAAAUGA